AAUGACAGCAACAAUUUAAACGCCACCGGCGAUGACCGUGUAGUCGCGGUGGAGUUCGACACCUACCUCAGCUCCUCCAUAGACCACAGCAACAACCACGUCGGCAUAGACGUCAACUCCAUCAACUCCAAAGCCUACAAAAACGUGAGCACGCGCCUGGGCUCCAACAACGCAGUUGUGACUGCCGAGGUCACCUACGACAACCGUACGGGUGUUCUAGUCGCUCGCCUCCAGAUCAGCGGCGACGGGGAGUGGUACACAGUGAACACACCGGUGGACAUCAAGAAGGAUUUGCCCCAGCAGGUUGCGGUCGGCUUCUCUGGAGCAAGUGGUGUGUGCAUCGACCUACAUCAGGUGUUGUCUUGGUCGUUUAGCUCCACUCUAGUAGACGCCACUGUACAAGCUACCAAUUCACGCCGGCUACGACAGCUAGUGCCCGUGCUGGUGCCUUCCGUGGUAGUAGCUUUUCUUGCUUUGCUCUGCACCGUCGCCAUCCUAGUCUAUCGGCGAGGCAAAUGGAAUUCUGACGGCGGCGAAGAACAUGAUCAAGCUGAGUUUGAGAGAGGAGUGGGCCCUAGGCGAUACUCCUACCGUGAGCUUGCCGCUGCCACCAAGGGCUUUGCAGAGGAGGAGAAACUCGGGCAUGGGGGCUUCGGCAAUGUCUAUCAGGGCAGCCUGAGCGACCAAGACGGUCCGGUGGCCAUCAAGAUGCUCUCCGCAGAAUCAUCUGCACAAGGGAGGAAAGAGUUCGAGUCGGAAGUGAAGAUCAUAAGCCGGCUGAGGCACCGGAACCUUGUGCACUUGUUAGGUUGGUCAGAUAGCCCCAAAGGGCUCUUGCUCGUCUACCAACUCGUGCCCGAAGGCAGCCUUGACCGACAUAUACACACCAGCUGUCUCACUUGGGCACAAAGAUACAAAAUUAUCAUUGGCCUGGGAUCUGCACUACGCUAUCUUCACAUGGAGUGGGAUCAAUGCGUGCUGCACGGCGACAUCAAACCCAGCAACAUCCUCCUCGACUCAUCGUGCAACACAAAGUUGGGGGAUUUCGGGCUGGCGAGGCUUGUGGACCAUGGAGCCGGGCCACGGACCACCCAGGUUGUCAUGGGCACCGCAGGGUACAUAGACCCGGAGUUCAUCCGCACACGCCGGCCAACCACAGAAUCUGACAUCUAUAGCUUCGGCAUGGUUCUGCUGGAGGUCGUGUCCAGCAGGCGGCCGGACAUGGACAUCGACACGGAGCAACCAGCUGCAGCAGUUGACAAAGUGGCCAUCCCGCUUCUCAAGUGGGUUUGGGACCUGUAUGAGAAGAGUGCCAUCGUCGAGGCAGUGGACAGAAGACUAAAGGGAGACGAGCAGCUCAGCGACGGCCAUGAUGGUAAGUGGCAGGUGCACCGCGCGCUGGUUGUCGGGCUGUGGUGCACGCACCCUGACCCGAGCGUGCGGCCAUCCGUCGUGCAGUUCAUGAACGUCUUGCAGUUGAAGGAAGUCACACUGCCGAUCCUGUCACGGCCGGGGCCAUCGUUCUAUAUUUUCCAUGGGUCACAUGGCUACAAUGCAUCGUCGUCC